AUAUCUUUUUCUUUACACACACACAAAAAAAACUUGAAAAUGGCACUUAUUUCUUCUUCUUCAGCUUUAACUAAACCUCUCUUCAAAUUCUCAUCACAUUCCCACAACAAAAUCCACCCAAUUCUUAAAUCCCAAAAAGCCCAGUUAUCUAACCACCCAACUUACCUUCUCAGUUUUCCUCAAAUUAGCAGCUCAUUUUCACAAUUCAACAAAUGCCCUUUAUUCAAUAACAUGAUGCCUUUAAUUCCCACUACUAAAAAGCUUAACUUUAAGGCCCGGGCUUCAGCAGCAGGGGAAGAAGCAUACCAAGAAGAUUUUUCUUGGUCUUCUGUUAUAAUACCGUUUGUAUUCCCAGCAUUGGGAGGUUUGUUAUUUGGGUAUGACAUUGGUGCAACCUCGGGCGCUACUCUCUCAUUGCAGUCACCUGAGCUUAGUGGCACAACAUGGUUUAAUCUAUCCGCUAUUCAGCUCGGUCUUGUGGUCUCUGGCUCCCUGUACGGAGCUCUUUUUGGUUCUAUCCUAGUCUACCCAAUUGCAGAUUUCCUGGGCAGGAAGCGUGAACUUCUAUUAGCAGCUCUACUUUAUUUCCUUGGUGGUUCUAUCACAGCCUACGCUCCAGGUCUUGGGGUGCUCUUACUAGGUCGAGUUCUCUAUGGCUUAGGUAUCGGUCUGGCUAUGCAUGGUGCGCCUCUCUAUAUUGCGGAGACUUGCCCGUCUCAAAUCCGUGGGACUUUAAUAUCUUUUAAAGAACUAUUUAUAGUUCUUGGAAUUUUGUUGGGUUACUUUGUAGGCAGCUUUCAAAUCGAUGCUAUUGGAGGUUGGCGUUAUAUGUUUGGUUUUAGUGCACCCAUCGCGCUUUUAAUGGGUCUAGGUGUUUGGGGCCUCCCUCCAUCUCCAAGAUGGUUACUUCUAAGAGCUGUCCAAGGCAAAGCAUCCUUGCAAGACUACAAAGAGAAGGCUAUUGCUGCUUUAAGUAAACUUAGGGGCCGACCUGCUGGUGAUAAAGUGUCUGAAAAGCAAAUUGAGGACACUCUUGUCUCUUUAAAAUCUGCUAAUGGUUCUGAUCAAGAAUCUGAAGGGAGUAUUUUUGAGGUGUUUCAAGGCGCGAGCUUAAAAGCAUUUGUAAUUGGUGGAGGUUUGGUCCUAUUUCAACAAAUAACUGGACAACCAAGUGUUCUAUAUUAUGCCGGUCAAAUCCUUCAGACUGCGGGAUUCUCUGCGGCUGCUGAUGCAACACGAGUUUCAGUCAUUAUUGGUGUCUUUAAGCUGUUGAUGACGAGUAUAGCCAUUCUGAAGGUUGAUGAUCUCGGGAGAAAACCUUUGCUGAUCGGAGGAAUUAGUGGAAUUACCCUCUCCCUACUUCUCCUUACAGCUUAUUACAAAUUUCUUGGGGAGUUCCCCUUGAUUGCUGUGGGCGCUCUACUUCUUUAUGUUGGAUGUUACCAGAUAUCUUUUGGACCAAUAAGUUGGCUUAUGGUAUCUGAAAUAUUCCCUUCUCGUACAAGAGGGAAAGGAAUUAGUCUUGCAGUUCUCACAAACUUUGGUUCAAAUGCGCUAGUAACCUUCGCUUUCUCUCCAUUAAAGGAGCUACUCGGUGCAGAAAACCUUUUCCUCCUUUUCGCAGCAAUCGCUUUGUUAUCACUUGGAUUCGUGCUACUCUAUGUUCCUGAAACGAAAGGACUGAGCUUGGAAGAAAUUGAAACCAAACUUUUGAAAUGAGAUACGAUUGACUUGCAAAUACAAAGGACUAAGCUUUUCUUGGUUGUUGUCUUGUUGAAUGGACUAAACACCAACUGUAUCGUCAGUUUUUCAUGUACAUGUAUAUGUUUUUCCACAUUGUACAUUAAUCAUGUGUAAUAAUACUACAUUGGAAUAGGCCGGUGUAUAAUAGCAAUCAAUAUCUUGCUUCGGUUUUA